GUGCGUAUCAGUUUCCAGAAAGCGCGCGCGUAGCUAUAAAGAAUUAACUAGAGUGUGUUAUAAGUUAUAUAGCGAGUAUGAAAAACAUACUUGACCAGUUUGUGCUCGAUUGGGACGUGGAUUUCAUUAACUCGUUCAACGAUGGGUCGGUCAGUCAAAUGUGCGAAGGAGGCUUCAAUGCCGCGGAAGGAUUCUCCAGAAUGGCAUCAAUGGGAGCCGGUGCCAUCGGAAUGCAUCCAAGUCUUCAAACCCCACAACCUGUUAAAAAACAGGAGGACCAUAUUAAGCGUCCAAUGAACGCUUUUAUGGUGUGGUCCAGACUGCAAAGGAGGAAAAUUGCACAGGACAAUCCAAAGAUGCAUAAUUCCGAAAUCUCCAAACGAUUAG